AUGAAUUUAGAUAAUACAGCAGAGAAUACACUCUUCACGUAACUGGCUAACAGUCGGAACCGAAACUCAGUUGAGCAAGGUCAUGUAUUCCAGGAAUUAGCAUCGAAAGAAAAAGUGGAGAUGAGCAUCAACUAUUUCACCGAUACUAGGCAUCGAUAUCGGUAUCAUAUAGAUAAAGAUGAUAUAAUUGCAGUUAAUGUUAAUCCAAUUGAAUACUGUCAUUCUUUAUUGUUGCCACAAAGAUAUAAACUACUUCAAAUUAUAACAAAAUAUAGCUUAUUUAAGGCUAUUGAAUUAGCUAAGUUCGUCUUUGUAAGUAUAUUCAAUUUUUAAAGAGAUUGUUAAUUUACACUAAAUAAAGAAACAAUUAUUUCAUAAUUCUAUUUUAUUUUUGAAAUUUCUAAUUUUAUAUUAUAAGAUAUAACGUUCAGUUGCGUAUUCCCAAUUUAAUAAAAUAGGUUAAAAUUUUUGAUUAUAAUUAAUAUAACAUUUGACAUAUUGCAAUUGUUAUAAUAUUAUAUUAUAUUAUAUGUAUAACAUUUAAUAUUAUUACUAAUAAUCAAUUAAUAUGUAAUAUAUUGCUAUAAUACAUUACUAUUAUAAUACUAUUAGAAAAUGAGGAUAUCUAUAAUCAGUGCAGAUAUAUCGACAGAGUAUUAUCAAGUGAAAUAUUAGCUUUUUACUUUUUUCUUUGCUUUAUUAUACACUUCUCGUUACUCAAGCACGUAAGAGACGUAAUAUAUUCUACAUUAUUUUUAUACUCUAUAUACCAUUUAAUAAAAAACCCAUUGCGUUUAAUAAUCCUGUCAACUGUAAAUAUUUUUUAUUACACCUUUUAAAUCAUUUUGUGUUGUAAGUUCUGUAUAAUAUACAUAUAUGCAUAUUACAAUAGAUGUCUUAUAUUUUAAUUUUAUAAUUUUAUUCUCUCAUGAAAUUAAACUGAGAAAUCUAAAUUAUAGGAACACUAUUACUUAUUUCAUAAUCCUACUAGAAUAUUUAUAUGUAUUUACACUAAUCAACGUAACUCAUUAUUUUCUACAAAAUUGUAUUAAUAAAACUUUCUUAAAAAACAAUUUAAUCAUAGUGAUAAUAUGAAUGUUUACUGUUAUAAUACUACGAUAAAUUUUUUAGAUGAAAAAAUACAAUUUUUUGAAUAUUUUACUGUUCAUAAGAAAAUAAUAUAUUAACUUCAAAGUUCAAAUGUUCAAAAAUAUUGUUUUGUAUCUUGUAUUUUUUUUUUAACUAUUGUAUAGGAUUAUAAUUAA